AUGGCAGACCUCAACGACCCGGGCAUGGCGUACCGCCAACCGAGUUCAGCAUCAUCUGACCAACAUGUUGCAGCAAGCAUCGCCCGCAUCAAUUGGGAGUAUUUCCACCCGCGACCUCUGCAGUCGUCAGAAAGGCACCGCAGGCGUUUUGCUGAGCGCUAUAUUGGCAACCCGGCACGCAUAACGGGCCGGGAGCUUCGGCAAGAGGAGGUAGAUGCCAUUGUAGACCACUUCAGUCGGGGCACCCGGGCCGAAAAGCUAUCCAGCCUACCGGCGAGCCUCGCCUGCACGUACUUCUUCUGGUACAGGGGUGUCAGCACGUACCGGUUCCCCUUCCUGGGUCCUCGCCCGGUACCCCGUUUCCUGGCGGCCCUGACAUCUCCCGCGAUUGCGCAUUGGACCUGGCAGAUGGUCCGGUUCGUUUGUUAUGAUAUACUGUGCGAUUUAGCUGUGGGCGAGCCCGUUGGAAAGCUGGCCUUUAGCUAUGCAUCGAAGGGUUCGGUGAGCGAUCCUAGACUCGCCCAACUGCGCCAGGAGCACGAGCGGCGACUUCACGAUAUCCGCGACCAGCUGAUGCAGCAGGCCGCCCGCAGACGGCCUGAGAGUGCGGGCCCUGCCGGUGUGGGUGGACCACAAAGGCCACCAGCCCUGCCCAACCAUGAUAACGACUACACACAAGCGCCAGAAGAAAGCACUCAGUCCGACGGCUGGCAAUCGGCCGAGACUCAGUCGGCAGCCCAAACCACGCCUGUCCAGACUCGCCCGGUGCGUCCGACUUGGCCAAGGGCUUCUCCUGCGCCACCUCAGCAACCGCAGAGCUCCUUCGAUGACGGUGAUCCUUUUGAUGAUGCCUCGCCUGUGGCUCCUGACUGGAGAGACGAAUCGCCGUCGCAGCGCUCGUCGGGCCGGCUAGGAGAGUCAGCUUGGGACCGGCUGAGGAGGCAGGCGCAAUCCAAAGAUCAAAACUCGGCACAGUCGUCUUGGGAAGCCAGGAGGCAAAAGCCUGGCUCUCAGUCUCAGACAAAUCAAGACUGGACAUACACCUCUGAUGAAGACUCCCAAUCUGAGAGCGAAAGAGAAAGGGCACAGAGAGAAUUUGAUGCAAUGCUGGAACGUGAGAGACGGGCUGAGCAAAGUGGGAGACGCCGGUGA